AUGGCUCCGAACGACAAGAAACUUUCAUCCAUGAUCAUCAGUGUCAUCCUCGUCUUCCUCUUGUUCUCUGCGAAUUCCACUCAAGCGAGGAAGCUCCUAGGUAGCCCAAGGGGAGACUUCAGCUCCUUGGAAGGCGCUAAGGUGUUCAGCGCACUGCUGAGGGCCUCCGUCCCUCCGUCGUCACCCAGUCAUGGAGGCAACGUCGUCGUCGUCGGGGGGAGAUUGCUCGCGGACCGCACCUCGUCGGUUGAUCGGAUGCUGGGAUCGGUGCCGAGCCCGGGAGUCGGCCACUAG